UGUUGUGUUGUUUGGUUGGUGGUACGUAAUCAUCUGAAAUCAAAAAAUCAAGCUUCUAUUAAAAAGUUGCCGAAAAAGAUAAUAAAAUUCACAAUAAUGUGUUCAUUUACAUUGUUUAUUAAACCUACGUAAAUGCUGUAGACUUAUUACUAUUAGUUUUAUUGUAAUACAGUAAAACAGUUGGAAAGCAGCUGUUUAAAUUUUGUGCAUGUAGCAACAAUUUCUUCAACUUUAAAGAGAUUUUUCAAAGGAUAUGAUCUUUAAAAUGCGUAAAAUUAAUAAUUCCUUCCUUUGGGGGAUUCUUAUUGCCUCUGCGACGUGGAGUGUCUCUCUUUACCUUUAUUGGAUGUUGAAUAAACAUGAUGACAAAUCAUUACAUGACAUUGAAGGAAAGAUACACUAUCGUUUAGUGAACACUGGAGAAAAGGAUAGAAUAAAAAACAAUGACAAAUCUAUUGCUGAUUUGGAAGGCAAAAAUCUACUUUUUGAUAGCCCUCGAGUGUAUGAUAGAUUCUCUGCGAGUAAAUGGAAAUCUUUCAAGUCUCGUUCUGAUUAUCAGAGAAAAAUGAUGUUGAAAGAAAAAUUUGCAAAACAACUCGGGAUGAAAAUGUCUGCUCAGCCAGACAAAAGUUUGGAUAAUCAACUGGGAUUAAUACGCAAUGCUGAAGAUGUCAGAACGCGAGAAAAAGGCUAUAAUUUGCACGCAUUCAAUGCUCUCAUAUCGCAGAGGAUUGGGAAUCAUAGGGGACUUCCAGAUACUCGAAAUAAAAUGUGCCGAAUACAAAAGUAUGCUGCGAAACUUCCAACAUCGUCAAUAAUCAUAUGCUUCUAUAAUGAACACUUUGAAACACUGAUGCGGUCAGUUCAUUCCAUUUUAGAUAGAACCGAUGCAAGGUAUUUGAAGGAGAUCAUCUUAGUAGAUGACUUCAGUGAUUUGGAAGGACUCAAUGAGAAUGUACAAAAAGCUGUGAACGGGUUAAAUAGUAAAAUGCGUAAAGAGGAGGACAUGCUGGAGACUAAUAACAUUGAUGACAACGUUGUUGACUAUAUUAAUGAUGACAAUAAUGUAGAUAAAAAAACGACUGAUAAAAACUAUGUCAAGCUGACUAAAACUGGGUUAACUAUAAGGUUACUGAGGACUAGCAAAAGGGAAGGGCUCAUUCGGGCAAGGUUGUAUGGUGCUGACAACAGUGUUGGUGAUGUGUUAAUUUUCUUGGAUUCCCAUAUCGAAGUGAAUGUGGACUGGUUGCCUCCGCUGCUCGCUCGUCUCUCCCAAGGUGUGGAUGGGGUCCACAUCCGCUACUCGUCAAGAGCAGUCAUGCCAGUCAUAGACGUGAUCAACGCAGACACCUUCGAAUACAAUGCCAGUCCACUCGUAAGAGGCGGCUUUAAUUGGGGCCUUCACUUCAAAUGGGAUAAUCUCCCUAAAGGAACAUUGAGACAUGAUGAGGACUUCGUGAAACCAAUCAAGUCUCCAACGAUGGCCGGUGGGUUGUUCGCUAUUUACCGCGAGUACUUCAACUACAUAGGAAAAUAUGACCCCGGGAUGAACGUGUGGGGAGGCGAAAACUUGGAAAUAUCUUUCAGGAUCUGGAUGUGUGGGGGCAGCUUAGAGCUGAUUCCCUGUAGCCGCGUGGGUCACGUGUUCCGCAAGCGGCGGCCUUACGGCGUGGGCGACAAGGAGGACCACAUGAUGCGCAAUUCCAUGCGCAUGGCUCGCGUGUGGAUGGACGAAUAUGUGAAAAAAGUAUUCGAGCAAAACCCGUCCGCAGCUCACGUGUCAAUCGGCGACAUAAGCGAGAGACAGGCUCUGCGCGAGUCGCUCAAUUGCAACUCCUUCAAGUGGUACCUGGAUAAUGUAUACCCGGAGCUGGAGACAGGAGAAGACACCGUGGCUAAUAAGAGAGUUGCAGCCCUAAAUGAUCCCGAGAAGAACAAAUUCCAGCCGUGGCACUCCAGGAAACGCAAUUACACAGACUCGUACCAAUUACGAUUGAAGAAUACAACGCUUUGCGCGCAGAGUGCUAAAGACAUCAAGACCAAGGGCAGCGGACUGGUGCUGGCUAGUUGCUUCAGGACCUUGAACCAGAUGUGGUUUGAGACGGAUCGCCACGAGCUAGUGCUGGGGCGUACUUUGUGUUUGGACGCGUCUAACAACGUGGCCCCCGCCUUAGGGAAAUGCCACGAGCUGGGAGGCUCUCAGGAGUGGAAGCACAAAGGAUCUGCUGGCAGUCCAAUAUACAACACAGCGGCUGGAAUGUGCAUAGGCGUGGAACGAGGGUACCGAUCCGAGCCUCUCAUCAUGGUCAUCUGUGACAACCAACCCAACAACCAGUGGGAUUUCGUCAGGUCUUAAACCCUCCGAUCGGCAGAUGGAAGACCGACUAGGAAAGCAGGUUCGCGAUAUUGACCUACAGUACCCGGCAAUAAAUAUUGCACAUCGACCUUUGGAAAGAGACAAUCGGUUAAUUUCGGCUCGUAGAGCGUUAUCUCUGUCGCACACUACCUAUACGAUUGACAAAACGUCAUCGACAAAACAUUAUUCAAUGAAAAUAUUGUCCGAACCCUUAGUAUUUCUCUUCGACAAAUACUUUAACACAUUGUGAACCACUUUUCUUUCACGACUAUAAAAAGUUUUUAGCAAUUUAAUUAUUCACAAAAUCAAUUGCACACAUUUAAAAUAAAGUUUGUUUACACUUUGACAAAACGUCAUUAUCAGUCGUUGUUCAAGUGCGACAGAGAUAACACUCUACGAAACCGAAAUUAGCCGAUUGUCUCUUUCUACAAGUCGAUGUGCAAUAUUUAUCGCCGGGUAUUGUAUCUUAUCUGUCUCUCUAUUGUUUUUUGACAAUCAUUUGAUAAUAACCUAUAAGACGUCAUCAGAUCUUAAGCAAACAACAGAGUUUAGCAAGUAGGAAAAAGACUACGCAAAUAGGUUUGCGAUAUAGACCUAUACUACUUUUCUGUCUCUCUCUAAUACUCUCUAUUGAUUUUUGACAAAACUUUACUCCAACAAGACUCCAACUUCGUCAUCUAAGACAUUUUAAUUAUUGAGUUUGAAUAGCAUACAUCACACUUAAACAUUAUGUAUUUUGUUUUUGCUGCUGCGUUUCUUAAUUCAUUCUCUUUUUGGCUUUACAUGGCUUGUGCGAGCUGCGUUGUAAAAUUAUAAAUAUGUCAAUUUUGCGAAUGAUGAGAUUAUUAUACAGGUUAUCCCAAAAAGUAGUGUCAAGCCGAAGCCUUAAGUAAAGCAUCACUAGGGCUACCCGAAUCACCAUGUUUUUUUUACAACAUAUAGGAUUUUUAACAUUUUUGGUUUAUAUUCGUGUUUUGGAUGUAAAUACUUCUGAAUCAGAUAGGCUUAGUAUUCAUCUAAUAAUAAUAAAAAAAAUCAGGCAUGUACCUUAUCUAUUCGCACCACAGUGACCAAAAAAGUGUGCCUAAGCACAGAAAUUUAAAACAAUCAUAACUCGAAAACUAUCAAAAAUCGCGGAACAUACAUGGGGGUGACUCGGAUAGCCCUAUAGUGAUGUUCUACCUCUGGGAUUCAGCUGGUCACUACUUUUUGGGACACUCUGUAUAACCUAAAUAGAUACAUUAUUUCUAACUAGGCAGCAUUAUAACUACCAUUUAGUUGACCUUACAUCAACGCAGUUACUUUAUACUCUCUCCUUAUGAAUAGUAUUAUGCUACCUGAUAUUUGUAUUUGUGUAUGUAAUUUGUAUUGCUACGAAUUUAAUUACCUAGGCUUUUCUAUUUUAAGAAUAAAACUGAAAAUUGGAAAUUUCUUCGAUUCCGAUUUGAAUUAGUAGAGAUACUAGGAUAAUUAAGUUUCCACCGGUUUUAAAUAAUAGGUUAUUAAAUUGUGCCGUCCCCGAGCUUAUGCUUUAUUCUAUGACAGAAUUGAUAUUGGCUGGCAUAGUAUAGGUAUAUUAUAUGUAUAUUAAAAAAAACAUUUCCUAAAAAUUGGCAGCUUUGCGUGAAAAAAAAAAACGGAUAUUUCUUGCUAACAUGCUUCAUUUAAAAACUUAAUAUUACGUAUUUUGAUUGAUAAGUACGAGCUUCCACAAAAACAUUAUAAACAUUAAUAAAAUUCGAAUGUUCCUAAUUUUUAUACUUCCAUAACUUCUACUUCCAAUGAAAAAGCAUUAAAUGACAAACGUCCUUCUAAGUAGUUUAAAAUUAAUGUUUUUACUUGUACAAAUCAUAAUAGAAGAAAACUCAGUUGUGUAAUGUUCAUUGCAUUUCUUAUUUUAUUUCUUGACUCAGUUUUAAAUUCAAGUUACCCAUAUUGCGUAAUACUGUAGUUAUACUCUCUCAAUGUUGUACAAUUUAUUAUUUUAUAUAACAAUCUGCAAUCUCACAUUUAUCUCAAUAUUUUAUUAUAAGUUAAGCUAAUUUGAAACAAGUACACUAUCUUUUUUUGAAGUUGUGGAAUUGAUCGUUGUGUUGAGGAUUGUGAAUUAUAGAUUUAUAGAUGAUAUUAUUAAAGUAUCUUACCUAUAUUGAAUAAUAUGGUAGCUAAUGCUGGAUUAAUAGAACAUGGAUAACUACGAGCAAAGCACCUGAUAUAAUAUAGAUAGGGUAAUAUUUAUAGAUACGUUGGUAUGAUAGAAGUUUAUUGUUAAAUCUGAAAUGAUUUGGUAUAAUAUCUAGAAUUACUAUUUGUUAAUGCUGUCCCAGUAACAAGUUUGAAACUGACAAUAUCACUAAACAUAGACAAAAUAUACAUUCCAUUAAAUGUGUGUAGAAUUAAUUAACUUUAGAUAAUAUUUUUGGAUGUCUGUUAUCAGAUGAUUAUCUUUUGUUAACUUUUGCCCCAAUAGUUGUUAACGUAUGAACAAAUCUAUAACGAGUAUUCGCGAAAAUAACCCUGUUUGCUUGUUGUUAUCACUUAACAGUUAAUGAGUUUCGUUAUGGAUAUUGAUUAGUAUUGGGAGGACAAUAAUAUGUUAUGGGACGUCAUUUAGUAUGGAAAUAUCAUAAUUGCAUAUUUUAUUGAUUGGUUUUUUGAUUAAUAAAAUUUUCAGAUAUUAUCAACAUAUCUUAGUAACUAAAAUGUAAGUUUAACCUUUGAUAUUCUAAAACUUUGCAAUUUAAUUCAAGGCAACUUUACUAUAAUUCGUUUAUUUGCUACCUCCAUUCACUUUUGACUUGAAAUCAAUAAUAAUAUAAUCUAUCGGUCAUUAGAUUGGAAAAAUAAAACCUAAAAUAACGUCAAACGUGGGCAAAUCAUAUAAAUAAUAAUGGCGUUUUGACAGCUUUAAAACCUAGUUUAAAUUUAAACAUUAUUUGAACAAUUAAGCUUUUUUAUGGAUCAUUGUUCGUAAUUUUUUUCUAGACCCAUGGCAACAGAUAUUUUACCUGAAUAAUAAUAUUUUGUAUGAAUCUCGGAAUAUAUGACUAAUAUGAUAGGUAGUUUGUAAAAGUGUACAACAUAUUUUUGGGAUGAAUUUUGUGAAGCGUGGAUGACUGGUUGAAUGUGUAAGGAAGUUUUAGGUUUACCUUUUAUAAUGUUGGUCUCAAAGUAACAGGGAUGUUCUAAUACGGACUGAACCUUUUAAAAAACUAAUUCUAUACCUUUAUAAUAAAGAAAAUAUUGUAUAUACGGUAUCGUUUAUAAAUAUGUUAUAUACCUACUAAAUCUAUAAAGAAUAUCUGCUUUUUAGUUUUAUAUUUUAUAGAUAUAAUUAGUACAAUGUUAUGUUGCUGGCAUGUAACAUUGUAUCCUUUAAUAAUGCUAUUUAUUAUUUUAAUUCUCUGAAACUUGUAGUAUUCUUGUAAUAGUACAUAAAACUUGUUGUGUGUAGCUAAUGGAGAUAUUUGUAUGAAAAAGCAAAGAACAACAUCACCAUAUGCUAUAAUUUUAACAUCACAAUGUUAUAUACAAUUACCUAUCUUUUAAGUAAAGCAUUGAGUAUUUUAAUGUUUAGUGGAUGAUAUCUUGUUUAUUUCUAAAUAUGCCAAUUUUAUUAGGUAGGCCCGAAAUGUUCAUAUACCUAUUUAAAAAGAUGGAUUGUUUAUAUUGAUGUUGUAGUUUUAAGUAAAUAUAGAAAUAAAGUGGUUAA